GUGACACAGGAACGCCUCCAGUGUCAGAGGGUAACGUGCAGGGAAUCAGUGUGUCCUUCUGGCCAAGCUGCGUGGGCCCACAUCACUCCUCCGUCAUCAGCAAAGGCACCAGGAUCCAGGUGAGGAAGAUCGCCAGGGAGAGGGACAAGGCAAAGCUGGACUUGGAGAAGGCAGAGAGACGCUGCCUGCAUCUUGGCAGGGAGCUGGACGAGCAGUACAUCGCUCUCAAGCACACCCAGAGCAAGCUCAAGGAUUUUCAGGCAGAAAUAGAAGCAAAAGAGCUGCUUUUGCAGCAAGCAGUCAGUCACCAGGCAAAGCUGGAGGCUGAUACACAGUUCCUCCAGGGCAAAGAGGCCAACCUGCAAGGGAGACUGAACCACGUGAUGAAGCAGAACGCAGAGCUGCAAAACAAGGUCACAGAGAUGACUGAGAAACUGUCAGCCUCUGAGGAACUGGUGUUGGAGCUGCAGAAAGAACUCAACUACAUUGUGAAGGAAAAGCUGGGCCAGGGGGAGCCCCACAGCCCGGAGUUCCUGAGCCAGAGCGAGCACUUUGCCGAGAUUGUCCUGGAGUACGAGCGGCAGUGCCAGAGAGUCAAGGUGCUGUAUGACCAGAACAGGGCGCUGCGGAGGGAGCUGCAAAGGCUGCGUCUCCAGCUCCAGGAGAGCAGGGCUGAGACAGGGCUGCCAGCAAGAGGCCUGUCCUUACAGGGCUCCUCUCUGCCAGAACGCCCCUCUCCAAGCCCUCUUGUUCCUACUUUUACAUAUACAGAGAUGUCACUCCCAGUGGAGCAGCUCCAAGAGCAGCUGCAAGAGCUGAAGGUGCAGCUGGAAACCAAGAUAAACUAUUACAAGGAACAACUAGAGUUAAUGCAGAAAAACUUUGAGAGAGAGAGGAAGGACAGUGAGGAAAGCUUCAAGGCUGAGAUGCACAAGAUGGAAGACCAGAAGAGAGACCUAGAAGAAACAGUUGCAAAGUACUGGGCUGUAAUUAGUAGCCUGAAAGAGCAAAAACCUAUGUGGAGUCUGGAGCUGGAGGAGAGGUUUGAGGUGGACCAGGCCAGGGUGGGACAGCACCACACUGAAGACAUUUGCCAUCCAGGGCAGCAGCUGGACCAGGAGGGAGAAGAACUGAGGACACAGCAGCACCAGGACAGAUUGAGCCUGAGGAAACACAUGAACAAGUUGUGCAGAGAGAAGGUGGAGGAGCUGGCUGAAAUAGCAGAGUUAACAAUGUUGAGCGAGAAGAGCAAAGAGGAGGUCUCCCACCCAAAUGUCAAGGUGCAUCAGCUGGGCUAUGAACUCACUGGGCACAAGGCUGGUCACAGUGCCCAGCUGCAGAGCCAGAGGCUUGCAGAGGCCGAGUGGCCACGAGGAGCAGAGGUGGCUGCAAGGCUGGAAUACCACCAGAAGCAUGCAGCAUGUUGGAUGGAAGUGGAGCUGCUCCAACAGCAGCUGAAGGCCUCACAGGAGAAGCUUUUAGAAGCCAAAGCAAGGCUGAGCCUGGCCCAGACCCAGCACGCUCUGCAGUUGCAGCAGGCCAAGGCCCAGAUGAACAACAUGGUGUCAAAGCAGCAGUUUGAGCAGCUGCAAACCACCUUGAGAGAGGAACAGUGCAAGACUCAGCAGCUCCAGGAAAGCCUCCACCAGCAGGCUGAGCAAACAUGCAGGCAGCUGGUCAGCAUCCAGGCAGAACACGAGCACCUGCUGCAGGCUGCUGUGGAGCAGGCAGAGGGGCUGGAACACAGCCUGAGGAGUGCUGAGGCUGUGCUGGCAGAGAGGGCAGCUCAGCUCAGAGACGCCCAGGCCCAACUCUCCAGGAACAAACUGCUGAUCGAAGACCUCCGUGGGGAGAACAGGGGGUUUGCAGUGGCCCUGCAGGCUGCUGAACUGAAGCAGAAGAGCACAGAGGAGAAGAACCAGCUGUUGGAGGAGAAAGCCUCAGCUCUGAAGCAGCUUAUUGGAAAAAUCACACCAGCAAGUCUGAGUGGGUGAUGGGACACCUUCAGUGGCAGUCCUGCCCCUGCUCCUGGCUGGGGUUGGUUGGGUGCAGAAGGGGAGGUAUGGCUGGGUUGGAAAAUCAGCCUUGUCCUCUCCGGUCUUGUCAGGAUGUUCCUGCAUAGAAAAUAGAUAAUAGAGAACCCAGACCUUUAAGGAAGUUUGUCUUGUGGAUAGCUGAAUUUUCCAACUGAAAGCACCAGCUUUGCUGCAUUUCUCAGUGGCAGUGUGCUGUUAUAAGUCAGGUCUGUCUCAGGGCAGCCAUCCCACAGGAUUUUCUUGAACUCCAGCAGUGUUUGGUGGUGAUGCAGAUGCUCCCUCUCUGUAGAGGGUUGGUGUUGAGGCCACACUGUUAUGGCUGGAAAGCCAGGGCAGAAGGCCUUGCAGGUUCCUAUGUCUGGCUCACUCUGAUCAGGAAAGCUGUGUGGUGGUAUUAAAAUGUUUGUAAUAUUACAGCACUUCCUGCCAUCUCC